AUGUCCUCGCCAAGUUCGCCCAACGACAACGGUCCCUCCGUCGACAAGGACGAGCCCGUCACCUUCAAGUUCUGUCCCGAGUGCUCCAACAUGCUCUACCCCAAAGAGGACAAGGACGCCCGCCGACUCAUGUACACCUGCCGAACCUGCCAGCACACCGAGGAGGCCACCUCCAACUGCAUCUACCGCAACAAGCUGAAGAACGAGGUCGGCGAGACCGCCGGUGUCACCCAGGACGUCACCUCCGAUCCAACGGUUGGUGAUGCCCCUCCUCCGUCUCCCUCCUCCAACAAGAAGUCUGCCCUUGUCAUCUGUGGCUGCUGCGGCCAGGUCAUUAUGUGCUCUGAUUGUGGACUCCACCCCGCCGUCAUCUCCCCCAACGACAAACACCACGACGACGACGUCCCCUCCAGCCCUCCCGAGACCUACCAGGAGGAGCUCCUUGAGCAGAUGAUCGUCGACGAAGACGCCCUGAACCGCAUGAUGAACAACAUUGUCGACAUGGCCGGCCUCAUGGAGUUGGACGAGGACAUGGACGACUGGGAGCCCGAGAACGAGCCUGCGAUUGCGGGCACUGAACUCCGCAGCGGCCCCAGCGAGCUUCCUCGUGCCAACCGGCAGUGCCCAAAGUGUGGCCACAACGAGGCGGUCUUCUUCCAGUCCCAGCAGCGGACGAGAGACACGGGAAUGUCGAGGGAGGAUCUACCCAACGAUGCUACGAUACCAAAUUCUCCCCGCGACUUGCACGACGAGGAUACAAUCGACUGUGGCGGAGAUGCCAGCAACGAUGAAACCCCGAAUCCUCUCUGCGAUCUGCAACGCGUCAACUGUGGCGCAGAUGCCAGCAACGAUGAAAAGCAGUGA